CAGGGUCACAUUAGAAACUGCUAUUGCUAGGACUUCUCAGGUGAAUUCUGAACCAUUUCCCCCCCUCUGUCUGUUCUCAUUCUUUUCAAGAGAUAUUCUCAUAGAUAUUGUGCUGAGCGGUCCGGGGAAGACUGUUUCCUGAGAAGGCAAGCUCUUGGCUGUGAUAUUGUAUUGCAGUCAUGGCGCCUAAGAAGAAGAACGUCAAAAAGAACAAGGCGGAUAUCAAUGAGUUGACAAUCAUCGUGGAAGACGGACCCCUCAGCAAAUUGAAUGGCUUGAAUGGCCUUUUAGAAGGAGGAAAUGGCUUCAGCUGUGUCUCGGCAGAGGUUUCCGAUGCCCUCUACAGCCCCAAUCUCUUGGACGGGUUAUGCAGAAUGAGGCUGGAAAACUUUCUCUGUGAUUUAGUUAUCGGAACCAAAACAAAGUCCUUCGAUGUCCACAAAGUGGUGAUGGCUUCAUGUAGUAAUUACUUCCAUAACAUCUUAAAGAAAGAUCCAUCUACUCAACGAGUGGAUCUCAACGAUGUGUCUCCAUUGGGCCUAGCUACAGUCAUCGCUUAUGCCUAUACCGGGAAGCUCACACUUUCAUUGUACACUAUAGGUAGCAUUAUUUCCACAGCCAUUUACCUUCAGAUCCAUACCCUUGUGAAGAUGUGCUGUGAUUUCUUGAUACAAGAAAUCAAUGUGGAGAAUUGUACAUACAUUGCCAACAUUGCCGAGACCUAUGGACUGAAGAACUCCAAGGAAGCAGCACAGAAAUUCAUUAGAGAGAACUUCAUCGAAUUUUCUGAAUCCGAUCAGUUCUUAAAACUUAGUUUUGACCGGAUCAAUGAACUUCUUGCAGAUGAUGACUUGCAGUUGCCUUCUGAACUUGUUGCAUUCCAGAUUGCAAUGAGAUGGCUGGAAUUUGACCAAAAACGAGCAAAAUAUGCUGCUGAUCUGUUGAGCAACAUUCGGUUUGGUACCAUCUCUGCCCAAGACCUGGUGAACUUUGUUCAAACUGUGCCAAGAAUGAUGGAAGAUAGUGAAUGCCAUCGACUUCUAGUGGAUGCCAUGAACUAUCACUUACUCCCUUAUCACCAGAAUACGCUGCAGUCUAGAAGAACACGGAUUCGUGGAGGAUUACGAGUCCUAGUUACAGUUGGGGGACGCCCAGCUUUAACAGAGAAAUCCCUUAGUAGAGACAUCUUAUACAGAGAUCCUGACAAUGGAUGGAAGAGGCUUACUGAAAUGCCAGCUAAAAGCUUCAACCAGUGUGUCACUGUGAUGGAUGGAUUCCUCUAUGUGGCAGGUGGUGAAGACCAAAAUGAUGCCAGGAAUCAGGCUAAGCAUGCAGUCAGCAAUUUCUGCAGAUAUGACCCUCGCUUCAACACGUGGAUUCAUCUGGCGAAUAUGAAUCAAAAGCGCACCCAUUUCAGUCUGAAUGUGUUCAAUGGCCUCCUUUUUGCUGUCGGUGGCCGCAACUCCGAAGGGUGUCUCUCUUCUGUUGAAUGUUAUGUCCCUGCAAUUAACCAGUGGCAAAUGAAGACCCCACUGGAGGUAGCUAGGUGCUGCCAUGCUAGUGCUGUAAUAGAUGGUAGAAUCCUGGUCACUGGAGGGUACAUAAAUAAUGCGUAUUCUCGCUCUGUCUGCAUGUACGACCCUGCCAAUGACAGCUGGCAGGAUAAGCCCAGCCUAAGCACACCAAGAGGAUGGCAUUGUGCCGCUUCUCUUGGGGAAAAGGUCUAUGUCAUGGGGGGGUCUCAACUGGGAGGGCGAGGUGAAAGAGUUGACGUUCUUCCUGUUGAGUGUUUCAGUCCUUAUCCCGGCCAGUGGAAUUAUGCCUCUCCACUUCCAACUGGUGUGAGCACUGCUGGUGCCUCCAUCCUUAGUGGGAAGAUUUACUUGGUUGGAGGCUGGAAUGAAAUAGAGAAGAAAUACAAGAAAUGCAUUCAGUGUUACAACCCUGAUCUAAAUGAAUGGACCGAAGAGGAUGAACUCCCUGAAGCCACUGUUGGAGUCUCUUGCUGUACCAUUGCCAUGCCUAACGCUAAGACCAGGGAGUCCCGAGCUAGCUCCGUCUCUUCAGUACCAGUCAGUAUUUAAGUAUUUAAAAAUUUAAGUAUAGAAGAGCUAGAUCAAUUUUUUUAAUGUUUACUAUGCCCAGCUGUUUUCUAAUCCCUUUAAAGCACCUUAUUUGCCUGCUGGAAAGGGUGGAGGAAACACCAUUUGUGUGCCAAUAUUAGGUGUCAAUUUCAACUUUGCAAAACUUGCCAGUUUUCCUGGUAUUUAAAAUACAUGGUAUGACCUAAGGAAUUUAAAGGUGAUGGAUUUGUUUAGUGAUACAAGUCCUUGACAGCCUGACAAUCAGGGCAUAAGAAGUCAGUAAAAUAAAUCCAAAGUAUAUAUUUAUAAAUAUAAUGCUGUAUAAAAUGAAAAUUAUCCGUUUUGCUACAUUUCUACACGUUUCAUGUGUAAAAAUGCAUAAAUCACACUGGUUACUUUACUUGUGCAAAUACUAAAGCAUUUAUACUAGAUUAUCUUCCUUCUACAAUUGCCAUGCAUAGGUCAGAUAUGCAACACCUAUAAAAGGUCAUUGUUCUGUCUAGGAUUAUUCUAGACACCAUCUGGCUUUCCCCUAGAGAUCAUAUUCCAAUUUGGAAUGACGUAAAAAAGAAACAUUACUUCCAGCAUAAGAAAUCCUACUGAGCUACUGAAGCCAGUAAAGUUGAAAGAUUUUUUUCUUCAAUAAGCUGUUGAAAAAUACUUCAUUUUAAGUGUUUAUGAAGGCCUUUUAAAACCUUUUUUCUAAAAACCAAACAUCGCCCUAAAUAAUUCUAUAACUUCUCUCUAUUUCUUUCUCUUCAGGUACAACAAACAUGUCCACUAAAUGCAUCAUCUUCAUUAUACAGUCUUGAGUCCAGUAGUACCUUUAAGACUAAUGAACUUUAUUGUAGCAUAAGCUUUCGAGAACCACAGUUCUCUUUGUCAGAUGCAUGGAGGGUAUGAAGAAACUGGCCAGAAAUAUAUAGGUGGUGAGGGGGGGGGGGAGUAGAUGCAAAUCAGUUGCAAAAGUCAUGAAAGAGGUGGAGUGCACAGUUCAGGCUGGGUGUGACUGUGAUCCUCUGGAUCUAUGAGUCAGUGUUGUAGACUCACAUAAACACACCAGAGGUAAUUUCUUAGCUAGCCUUUUGGAAAAUUACGUGCUGCCCACAUCACAUUUGUCUCAGCUAUUCCGUCCAUGUACAGCCCACACAAGUUACAGGAUGAGAGCUUAAAUUAAGAGCACACAAAGUGCACAUCUCUAAUCAAUAACCUGUGAAGCAGUCCUCAGUCUUGCCAGAAUAACAUACCCUGAACUUUUAUCAUCACUUGAUUAGCAGAGUAUCUCAAAAACAUGCAAGCAUAGCAUGAAUGUAUCUAUGAAAGAGCAAAGGAACAGCAGCCAGCCUUCUGAUCUGUAUUUAGCCCUCUUUGGUUUUCAUAUUUUUAAAAUAAAAAACUGAGCCCCCUUCUUCAUGGGUUAUGAAUGGUUUCACUUGCUCCUAAACUCACCGUGCUUGUGGCAAAUAACAGAAGGUAGUCCAGACUGCCAGAUACAGCAAGGAGAAAGGCAAUGCCCAGUUGAAGAACUGGAUCAAAGGCAGGGCUUUUUUUCAGCUGAAACACAGUGGAACAA